AUGAAAUUAAAUUGGAUUUUAAUAAAGUUUCAUUCAAUAAACACAUUCAAUAUUGUUUUGGGAUUGUUACUUUAUUUACAAGAUAUCAAUUAAUUAGGAUCUUUGAUAUUAUUGAUGCUAAAUGGGAUGGUAAUGUUGACUGGAAUUUUGAUAUUGAAAAAACAACUAAUAAAAAAGAAUCAUUUACAACAAUUAAUACUUAUAAUAUUUAGCAUUCAAAUUUCAUAUUGCUGUUUUUUCAAUCGUGAAUUAAAUGUGUAAAGUUAUUUGCUACUUAAAUUUCAAGAAGCUCAAAUUAUUAAAAAAUAAUCAAGAAUAGUUAGCGUUCUUUAUCAUAUUAUUUAUAAUUUAGUUUUGUUUUCGUUAUUAAUAUUUCACAGUGAGAACUUGAUAUUAUACUUUUUAGCAUUUUAUUGUACUUUAAUUAUGAUUCCUAAAACAAAAUCAAAUUUAUAACAGUAAAAUGAAGAGUUUGAACUACCUUCACAUUUAACAAAGCCAACUUAAAGAAAUACAGAAUUAAUGAAUUUGGUUUAAGAUACUAUUAGUAAUUAAUGGAUGAUUAGAUUAUAAAAUAUUCCAGUAGGAAUUAUGAUUGUAAAAAAAGAGAAUUUAUAUGUCACGUUUCAUAAUUAGUCGCUUUUGUAAAUGUUUGAAGGAGUUAAAGAUGUUUAAUAUUAUUUGAUGAAUGAUCUGUAGUUUAAACUAUAGAUAAAAAGGAAGAGAAAAUAAGUAAGAGAAUCUAGCAUUAUACUACCUAAACAAAACUUAUUACAAAGCAAUGGUGUUCCUUAAUUUUAUAGUUCUCGAAAAAUAAUGAGUCUAUAAAAAAUACCAAAUACUUUAAAAAGCAUUCUUGCAGAAUUGUCGAAUGGAAAUUUGGAUCAGUUUUUUUCAAAGGAAAAUCAUUUAGAAUUAAUUGGACAACUUUCGAAGAAUAAAUAAUCAUAGUUAUUAGAAGAUGAUAAUAUUCGUAAGAUAUAAUGUAAGAUAUUUUGUGGUUAAAAUGAUUAAGAAUAUCUUAUUAUAAUGGAUGAUAUAUCAUUAUAAAGUUAUUUGUAAAGAUUGGAAACUAGAGAAAAAUUCUAAGUUCGCAUAAUUGAUUCUUUUUCUCAUGAAUUGCGAACUCCUUUAAAUAGUGCGAAAUUAUUUUUAGACGCUCUUAUAAAUGAUCCAAGAGUUAAUGAUACAUAUAAAAUUAAUUGUAUAUAACCUGCAGCAAAUGCUUUAAAAUUAUAAGCAUAUUUAAUUCGAGAUAUAAUAGAUUUUACAUAAUAUCAUUCACAUAUAAUAAAAUACAAUAUAGAAGAAUUCAAUUUUGAAAAUAUAAUCUAAGAAAUAAAUGAUAUUUUUAAACCAAUUUGUUAAAUCAAGAAUUUGGGAUUGCAUAUAAAUGUAAAAAAUUCAGUUCCAACAUUAAUUAAUUCUGAUUUUGAUAGAAUAAUGUAAAUGUUGGUGAAUGUAAUAUAAAAUUCAAUAAAAUAUUCUGAAAAAGGUUUAAUAACUUUGGAAAUAUCAUGUUAUGAUAAAAUUUUAACAUUUUGUAUAAAAGAUUAAGGAAUAGGGAUCCCAUCACAUAAGUUGAAUAAAAUUUAAUAAUUUUUAAAAUCUUAUAAUUAGAGUAGAGAUUUUUCAUCUCAAGAUGAAUGGGAAGGUUUUGGAUUAUUAGUUAGUUAGAUGAAUUUGUUAAAAUUAGCUCCAUAGAAUAAAAGUUAAUUAAGAAUAUCUUCGCAAGGUGUAUAGGAAGGAUGUUAAGUGAGUUUUAAAAUUAGAACAACAUAAUCUUCAAAUACGUAGAUAUUUAGAGGAAAUACAAUAUAAAGGACAAGUUUAAAAUGUGCAUUUACAGUUCCUGAUUUGUGUAUGGGAAUAUAAGGAAUAUUAAUAGUGAAUAAUGCUAAUUAGGAGAAUACAAUAUAAUAAAUUCCAAUUCGCUAGUAAUAAUCUGUGGCAAAGUAUUUUAAACGUUAAUAAUCAACAGGAGGUUUUGGUUAAAGUAUGUGGUAGGACACAGAUAUGAUAGAUGAAUAGGAUUAAGAGAGAGGAAAUCCUGAAGAGAAUUUAUAAAAAUUAAAUAAUAUAAGUAGAAAGACCAUGUUAAUAGUAACAAAUAUUGAUAUGAAAGAUAAAUAAUAAAAAAAAAGAAAGCAGUCGUCAUUUAGUAUAUCAGAUUUAGAUGUAAAUUCAAGUUAGAGACCAAAUACUCUUAUAUCUCGAUUGAUUUAAAGGGAAGAAAAAGAAAUGGAGAUGGAAGAAUAGUUCUAAAACUUACGAUUCUAAUGUAAAUGUAAUCGAGUAUUGAGUGUAGAUGAUGAUAUAUUUAAUUAGAAAGCAUUAUAAGUAAUAAUUGGUUAGAUGGGUUUUCGAUUAUAGAUUGUAUAUAAUUUAAUUUAAUUUAGGCUUAUAAUGGACAAUAGGCAAUAGAAUAAAUUUAGAAAACAGAAAAAUGUUGUGAAUGUUGUGAAUUAUUUUAUUUUAUAUUGAUGGAUUGUUAAAUGCCAAUAAUGGAUGGUUGGACAACUACAAAAGUGUUGAUGGAUAUGAUAAGACAAGAAAUCAUUCCAGAUAUACCUAUAAUUGGAUUAACAGCCUUUAAUUCAACAUAAGAUAUAGAAAAAUGUAUAGAAGUUGGAAUGAGGGAAGUAUUCACUAAACCUUUAAACAUCACUUUACUUAAACAAGCAUUAUUAAAAUUAAUUAAAUGA